AUGCAUUACGAGUCACUAAUUUAUGCACACAGUGUUCUUCUGUUCUCGUCUUUUACGCCGUUCAUUGUACAAUUCCUCCAUGCCGUGACAUACAAGGACCAAGAGGAUCUCCAAAUCCUUGAAGAUGUGGUUCGCACACUGGAAGGUGCCAAAGAAGCUUCAAAAGCAUCCAAACGUCCGUCCAUUGGGAAAUACGAUGCCGACCAGAGAUCUUUGCAAUUGGCAGAUGGUUUCCAUCGACCGAGUACACCCCAAUCUGUGACAUUUCAAGAUCCUUGGGAUAUCGAUUUUACAGAUGAUCUUGGCGCACUAGGGGCAUCUGGCAUUCUUGAUGGGUGGGCUAGUGGGCAACCUCUGAUGCUGAACAUUUUCGAUGACAACACCAUGUGGAACUAG